AUGCGCAAUAUCACGAUUGGUGCGGUGGCAGCAAUCCCUAGCCACAAAUGGUUUCUAUUUCUGGGACGGAAUUUCAACUACUGUUCUGCGAUGGUCUCGACGUGGAUAAAAGUAGUUGUGAACCAGCUGGUUUAUACACCUUUGUUCAAUGUAUACUUCUUCGCCUUUCACGCGAUUCUCUCUGGCAUGGCCCUCACCGGAGCCAUUGAACGAGUCAAAAAUACCGUACCAACGAGCCUACCACGAAGCUUCCUGUACUGGCCCUUCGUCACAGCCUUCAAUUUCACCUAUGCUCAACCGCAAUCUCGGUCGGUUGUCACGGCCGCCCUCGCAGUGUUUUGGCAGUCAUACAUGAGUUGGUUGAAUGUCCAAGCCCAGAAGCAUGAGAAGGGCCACGCGUCAACUUUCAACCUACCGGAACGAUGA